AUGGGGCCGAGGGCGCGGAGGGCCCGUAGGUGCAGGCGGGGCCGGGGGCGCGGAGGGGCCGUGGGCGCGGGCGGCGUCAGCGCGGGAGGCGGCAGAGCCCAGAAGGGACCGGGGUUCGCGGCGCGGGCGUCUCAGCGCGAACAACUUCCGGCUGAAACUGAAGACAGCGCUCCGCGCGGCCUGACGCUGCUGGCCGCCUCCCCUUCCGGGUUCCCGGUUCCCGCCAGCGCGGAGGCCGCCCCCGCCGGGCCGACCAAUCGGAGGCCGCCCCGGCCUGACCAAUCGGAGACGCGCCGUCUGCCGCCUCCCAACGCCCGCGUCGCGCGCCUCCGAAUCUCCCGCCAAUACCCCUCCCCCCGCGGGGCGCGCAGGUGGCGUCGGCGGGCUCGGAAACUGAAAGUGUGGUUCCAAUGUGCAUUUUUGUUUUAUUGUAGCUUUACCACUCCUGAAGGCCCUAAGCCCCGUUCUAGAUGUUCAGACUGGGCAAGUGCAGUUGAAGAAGAUGAAAUGAGGACCAGAGUUAACAAAGAAAUUGCAAGAUAUAAAAGAAAACUCCUCAUAAAUGACUUCGGGAGAGAGAGAAAAUCAUCAUCGGGAAGUUCUGAUUCAAAGGAGUCUAUGUCUUCAGUGCCAGCCGACUUAGAGACGGAUGAAAGUGUCCUGAUGAGAAGACAGAAACAGAUCAACUAUGGAAAGAAUACCAUUGCUUAUGAUCGCUAUAUCAAAGAAGUCCCAAGACACCUUCGACAGCCUGGCAUUCAUCCCAAGACCCCCAACAAAUUUAAGAAGUAUAGUCGACGAUCUUGGGACCAGCAGAUCAGACUCUGGAAGGUGGCUCUGCAUUUUUGGGAUCCUCCAGCUGAAGAAGGAUGUGAUUUGCAAGAGAUACAUCCUGUCGACCUUGGGGAAAUGGAGACGGAAUCCGUGGACAGCAGCUCCGAGUCCCAGGCGAGCUCUCAGGAUAACUUCGAUGUGUACUCUGGCACACCCACCAAAGUUAGACACGUGGACUGCCAAGUGGGGGACGAGUUUGAUUUGGAAGCUUGUCUAACUGAACCCUUGAAAGACUUCCCAGCUAUGAGCUAACUGGGGCCACCUGGAGGCCACUGAGAACAAGACUUGCCUCCACCUGUCUGGGUGGAGGGCCAGCCAAGCAUGUGUCGUGCAUCGUAACUGGAUGGUUUCUGUUAAUAGUUUGUUAUCUCAUGGUGAAUUGUUAUUCUUGCCUUAUUUUCUUAAGAAACGUUAAUUUUAUGUAUAGUGAGUGUAUUUUGCAUGUUUUAACUUGUAAAUGGAAUUAAAUCCAAGAAAAAUUGAACUUGAAGCAAUCUUGCAACAAACUUAAUUGCUUAAUUCCUACCAUCUUUUAAGCUAACCUGACAAGCAUAUUUUAACUGGUUUUCCACAAGUAUUUUAGAUAUUAAGUUGCCACUUACCAGAUGGCUGGUUUGGAUUUAACCAUAUAUUCAUGGGACCAAACUAGCAGCAGCUUUCUUUGAAGCAUUCUCAGAAUCAGACACCUUUAAUAUUUUCAUGGAAACUUAAUUUUUGGCCUUUCAUCAAUAUGUCAAGGUGGCUUUUUUUUCCUCAUAUAGAGCACUGAAUAGUCAAAGACGUUAAAUUGAGCUGUUAAUGGAUUUUAUGUAAGUUAUACAGUCUUAAUUUGGUACUUGUAAAUAGCACUCAGUAGGCCUUCUACCCAUAAUACUCCAAGAGUUAAGGCAGCAGGAUUUAGAAAGAACUUUUUUUUUUACAAUCGAUUUUCCAUGUAAAAUUGCUGUAAAUGAUAAUGUGUACAGAUUUCUGUUCGAAUAUUCAAUUGUAAACUUCUUGUUAAGACUGUUAUGUUUCUGUUGCUUUUGUAUGGAAUGACAUUGCAAAAAUAAAAAGAAAAGAACCUUC